AUGCAUGAUGGAGAAGCUCUAAAGGCCUACUCAGAUAGAUAUUGGGAGACGUAUAACGAAAUAGACGACAAUUUCGACGAUGUCGCCAUCAGCACCUUCAUAAAUAGUCUCCCAGCCGAGCACGGCUUGAGGAAGUCUCUGACUGGCAAGCCUGCCACCAGCAUGCGCCAACUGAUGGAUCGGAUCGAUAAAUAUAAACAAGUGGAGGAAGACCAGCUGCAAGGUAGAGGAAAAGAGAAGGUUAUCCCUCAAGAGAGGAGGGAUUUCAGGUCGGACCGAUAUAACAGCAACCGUCCGAGGAGGGAUUUCAUAGGGCAAUCUGGAGUAACCAACACACAGACUGUCAAUGCUGUAUUCCGAGAACUAGUACAUCGGGUGUUGGAAAAAAUCAACAACGAGCCAUGCUUUAAGUGGCCGAAUAAGAUGGUGGGAGAGUCCAUGAGGUGCAAUCAAAACUUUUAUUGCCAAUACCACCAGGACUACGGGCAUACCAUGAAGAACUACAGGAACCUCUGGAACUAUCUGGACUAG